AGGUAUAUACGUGUGAGUUGUGCACAGACCAGAAGCUAAUUUUUUCCCCUUUAUAAUAAUAUUUUCAGAUUGAAACUUAAUUGAUAAUAAGAAAAAAAAAAAAAAAAGUCGUACGCAGAUGAGUGAUUAGAAUUGUGUGUGAGAGGGAGAAGGAGAAAAGGAAAGGGGAACGAGGGGUUGUCUGGCGGCGAAGAAUGAGACGAAAUUCCGGUGAAGCUCUUCUGCCUAAUAGACAAGAAGAAGAUGGGCAAUUGCGGUACUAGGGAGGAGUCAGCCGUCGUCUCUACUGCUCAUCAACAUCAUCAAGUUCAGCAGCAGCUCCAAGUGUUGCCGCUACCCACUAGGAAUCCAGCUAUAGAUAAGAAGCACAGUCGUUCCACGUCAGAUCUGAGCGAUCCUUCAACACCCCGCAACUUUGAGGACUUUCGCAAAAACGCACUGCUCUACACCCACGUCAUUGCCUUCACCCUCUUUGAGCUUGAGACCAUCACUAAGAGCUUCCGUUCUGACUACAUUCUUGGAGAAGGUGGUUUUGGAACGGUCUACAAAGGUUACAUUGAUGAGAAUGUCAGAGUUGGACUCAAAUCUCUCCCUGUUGCUGUUAAAGUGCUUAACAAGGAAGGCCUUCAAGGCCAUCGUGAAUGGCUGACUGAGGUCAACUUCCUCGGGCAGCUCAGGCAUCCUAAUUUAGUGAAGUUGAUUGGAUAUUGCUGUGAGGAUGAUCACAGGUUACUUGUUUAUGAAUUCAUGUUCAGAGGAAGCCUUGAGAAUCAUCUGUUUCGAAAAGCAACUUCUCCACUAUCUUGGUCGACAAGGAUGAUGAUUGCUCUUGGAGCAGCUAAAGGGCUUGCUUUCCUUCACAAUGCUGAACGGCCUGUUAUCUAUCGGGACUUCAAAACAUCUAAUAUCCUACUGGACUCGGAUUAUAUGGCCAAGCUCUCUGAUUUUGGGCUUGCAAAAGCAGGGCCCCAAGGUGACGAGACCCAUGUAUCAACUCGAGUUAUGGGUACCUAUGGUUAUGCUGCCCCUGAAUAUGUGAUGACUGGGCACCUCACAGCAAGGAGUGAUGUGUACAGCUUUGGAGUAGUUCUUCUGGAGCUAUUGACGGGAAGGAAGUCAGUUGACAAGACAAGACCAAGUAAAGAACAAAGUCUGGUGGAUUGGGCCAGACCGAAGCUAAACGAUAAGAGAAAAAUGCUUCAAAUAAUAGACCCUAGAUUAGAGAAUCAGUACUCAGUGAGGGCAGCUCAGAAAGCAUGCAGUUUGGCAUACUAUUGUCUAAGCCAAAAUCCCAAAGCUAGACCCUUAAUGAGUGAUGUGGUUGAGACUUUGGAACCAUUACAAAGCAAUGGUAGUCAUGAAGUCUCAUCAUCUUCAACACCUACUCUUCUAUGUAGUGGCAGUCCAUUUGUAUCAGGGAGGAUUCCAGAUUACAGGAUGCAUCGCAGAUUUGCUGGGGCAGUCGGAACUGCUGGUGUUGGUUGUCGAUCUUCCAAUCCAAAUUGUUCCCCUGCUCCAUGCCGAGUUAGAUGAGACUUACCUGUUUCAUGUAUCAUGCCUGGAAGCUAUAAGCUAUAUAUAUGUACCAUAAUUGUAAUGGUGAUUGCAAGCUUGUGUUAAGUGUUCCUGUAAGAAAAUAGUUUAUUUUGUAUUUGGUGGUGUUUGUUGCGUAUCAAAUUUGCAGACAUGUAUACUCGUUUUAUGUGAUGUUGCUCUAAUUUCUUUCAUUUUUC